GUGCUGGUGCUGCAGGCCGGGUUGAGAGGCAGCCGGUCUGUGUGUCCUCGGCGGUUGGUCAGUGUGAGGCGGUGACAGCUGCAGUUGCUCCCCGCCCCCGAGGAUCCGAGGUGCGUGGGGGGAGGGGAAGAACGAAAAGGCCUAGGUCGCGUUUCCGCUCACUUCUUGCCAGGUUUGAGGCUAUUCCGGAGAGCAGCGGCAAAGAUAAUCCUCGACGUGAGAGCUGCCGGGUUCCCCGCAGACAGGUAUGUCUGACUGCAACAAUGAUACUACAACUCAUGGUGCAUCUAAACCAGGCACAGAAGAAGUCAAGUCUAAUUCCGAGGAGUCUAGCAUGGCUCAAGAAUCUCCCAAAAAUUCAGCAGCAGAAAUUCCAGUGACUAGUAAUGGAGAAGUUGAUGACUCUCAUGAACAUGGCUUUAAUAGGGAUCUGAAGCGUUCAUUACCAGCUGGACUUGGUCUCUCAGAAACCCAAAUUACAUCUCAUGGCUUUGACAAUACCAAAGAGGGGGUUAUUGAAGCAGGAGCAUUUCAAGGUUCCCCGGCACCACCAUUGCCAUCUGUUAUGUCUCCUAGCAGGGUGGCAGCUAGUCGCCUGGCUCAACAAGGAAGUGAUUUAGUUGUUCCUGCAGGUGGCCAGAGAACACAGACCAAAGGUGGACCAGUUAUUCUAGCAGAUGAAAUAAAAAAUCCUGCAAUGGAAAAGUUAGAGCUUGUUAGAAAAUGGAGUCUGAACACCUACAAGUGUACUCGACAAAUUAUCUCUGAGAAGCUAGGCCGUGGAUCAAGAACUGUGGACCUUGAACUGGAAGCUCAGAUUGAUAUAUUAAGAGAUAACAAGAAAAAAUAUGAAAACAUUUUAAGACUGGCUCAGACACUGUCGACCCAGCUUUUCCAGAUGGUGCAUACCCAAAGGCAACUUGGAGAUGCAUUUGCUGACCUGAGUUUGAAGUCCCUAGAACUCCAUGAAGAAUUUGGCUAUAAUGCAGAUACCCAGAAGCUCCUGGCAAAAAAUGGAGAGACUCUUCUUGGAGCCAUUAAUUUUUUUAUUGCCAGUGUGAACACUUUGGUGAAUAAAACAAUUGAAGAUACAUUAAUGACUGUGAAACAAUAUGAAAGUGCGAGGAUCGAAUAUGAUGCCUAUCGCACUGAUUUGGAAGAAUUGAAUCUUGGACCACGGGAUGCAAACACCCUGCCAAAGAUUGAGCAGUCACAGCAUCUGUUUCAAGCACAUAAGGAAAAAUAUGAUAAGAUGCGCAAUGAUGUUUCUAUCAAGUUGAAAUUUCUAGAAGAAAAUAAGAAAAUCCAUGAACUAAAAUGGGACGCAGGAGAAAGAGAGAAUACACAGAGAAUAAAACACCUAGAACAAAGUAAACAUAUUCAUGUAAUAUCCAGCUAUAUAUGUAGUUGUGAUGCUUCGGUGACUAUGCAAAUACAUACAGUAAUAGGAGAUAUUUAAAACCUAGUACAUCUUUGUAAAAACAGGCUAUAAAUGUUUGGAAAAGCUUGGAAGGCAAAGGUAUUCUUAUUUACUAAAACUUGUCUUUGAGAGGAAAAAAAAUAAACGUCUAAAUUUUAAAACUGGCUAUUUCUUGCCAAAUAUUAAGAAGCUUGUUAAUCAUUACUUAAUCUGUACAAGUAGAUAUUCUUGAAAUCUUUUUCUUCACUGUCAAAAGAAAAGGACCCUAACUUCUUACUCUUGAUAAUUUUUAAAUAUUCAUGCCAAUGACUUAUCAUCAUCUUUAUUUCUACAACUGGAGGUAUAAAUGGGAUUACCCCUUGGUAUUUGCUCAUAGGUCAAAUGAAAUUAAGUUCCACAGUAAAAGAACUCUACUGGUUCUAAAUAAAUAAGCAUUUAUAGAUUGAAAUAUGUAAGUAUGUAUAAUAAGCAACCUCAACACUGUGCCAAAUAUGAUUACCUACAUUUGGAUUCUGUGGAACAUUCCCUUACUCAUGCAACUUUACUUCCAGACUUCAUUCCUGAGUAUAUUUCAUCAUAUAAUUUGGUAUCAUAAUAUCGUGUUGUUAUUGUUCUUUUUUUCAUUCAUUUAACAAACAAUUAUUAGAUACAUACUGCGUGCCAGGAAGUGUUCUGGAUAUUGUUGAUACCCAGUGAGCAAACAAAAACAAAUUCUACCCUCAAAGAGCUUAUCGCCUAAUAAAAGAAACAACAUUGAUCAAAUCACACCGAAACAUGUAUAUAAAAUUUUCGCUGUAGCAGUGGUCUCGAGGAGAGGUACAUAGUUCAUUAAGUGGUCAGGGCAGGCUUCCAUGAGAAAGUGAUGUUGAGCAUUAACUAGGUAAAAUGAGAAGCAAAGAGUAUUCCAAGUGGAAAGAACCACAUAUGUAACAGCCCUGUGGCAGGAGAGGGUGUGGUAUGUUCAAAGAGUAAAUAUGAUAGGAGCCAAUGUGACUAGAGUAUAGGACUGACCGGGAGGCAAGCAAAGGCCAGACCAUCCAUGCAGGUCUUAUAGACUACAUUAAGGAAAAGUUUGUUUUAGCAUCUGUGGGGAGCCAUUGAAAGAAUUCUUGGCCAAUGAGAAGUCUAAAAUAUGGAGCAUAGAUCUUAGUUAGAACCUGAGAGUGAAUAUAGUAGUUUAGACAAGAGAUGAUGAGAACUUGUUUAGGGUGGUGGUAGUGGAUAUGGAAUGAACUGAGGAUGUCAAGAGAUACUUAAAAGGUAAAACAAAAAAACAUAUAAAAUACUAAGAGCAGAUCGAUACGUAAUUGGCACCUUUAACAUUUUAUUCUUUUAUUCAUCAAAUAUUUAUUGGUUGCUUUUUUAUGAGCCAGGGAUAAAUAGUAGAAAUAUAAAUGGGCUUGCCCUUGUAGAGCUUAUGGUCAAAUAAGAGAAAUCGACAUUAACCAAAUAAUUAUAUAAAUACAAACUAUGAUAAGUGUUGUAAAGGGAGAAUAGAGGAGUCAUGUGAGUAUACAAAGGGGACUUGGCUUGGUGUGGGGUAUUGUGGAAGGCUAGAGGAAGUGACAUUGAGGCUGAAUUCCAGAGGGCUACAAAGGAGCUGACUUAAGGUGUGUGGAGGAAAGGGAUUUCAAAUAAAAGGAGUAGAAUAUGCAAAAGCCAAUUGAGGUCAGUGAGGCCAGAGCAUAAUGAGGAUGGGGGAAGAAUAGCUCUGGAUGAAACCAGACAGGUAUUUAGGGCCUACAUAAGGAUGAAGUGACAUAGGUACAGGGUUAUUCAUUACGGCAUCACUUGUAAUAUCAAAGGAAGAGAAACAAUGCAGCAGUUCACCAGUAGAGGACAAGUUAAAUAAACUGUGGUUCAUUUACAGAAUGGAAUAUUUUGUAGCUAUUAAAGAAAAAAAGAGUAAGUAUGCUAUUGAUAGAAGGAUCCUUAGGACAUAGUGUUAAUUGAAAAGAGUAAGGUGCAAAGCAGUGUAUAUGGUAGAAUAUCUUUUGUGUAAGAAAGGAAGGAAAUAAAAAUGUAUAAUUUUACAUAAAGAUUUGUGCUUGCAUAGGAAAACCUGGAAGAAUUAACUAAAAUCAGUUACCUAUAAGGGGACACUGGUCAGAGACAGGAGUGAAAGUGAGACUUCUCAUUAUAUACUUUUUAUAUUCUUUCAGUUUUGAUCCUACUUAUUGAAAUGAUAAGACUAAAUUUUUAAAAGAAAUGAAAGUAAGUAUAGCUAGAAAAUACUUGUUUUUUAAGGAGUGUACACCUUAUCUUUGUUUCAAAAUGAGACCCAACUAGAUUUCUAUUUUUCAGACAUGAUCUAAUACAUGUAUUUAUAUAGCCUAUAAUUUUUCUUUAGGCUUAAAAUCAGAUGAUCAAUUUUGUGUUGGAGAGAAUAGAAAAACAGUUAACUUGCCAGGACAUGAGUUCCCUACAUUAUUCUUAAGUGACAGAUUAGAAAUGUAGGAAUGGUGUGAUAUAGUACCUUUUAUUUAUAUCAGAAAAUAUUUCCUAAAUACAAAUUUGAAAAGAAAAGAAAAUGUUGUCAUGUAUAGUACCGUGUUUGCCAUUGCUAGUGGUUUGGCUUCCAUGCCUCUUUAAACAUUUUGCUAGACCCACGUGAAGGAGGAAAAAGUUGUCUGGGGUUUGCACUGCCUCCUCUCUUUCUUCGGAAAAGAGGCAGAAAUUAACUAUCUUUGUAUAAACCAUGCAGCCAAAAAGAAUUGGGAGUUGAGGGUUGCUUUUGAAAUUAGUAUCAUCUAAGGCAUACCUGUCUGGAAUCAGUAUGAAAUUUGUAAUCAUCAACUGGUGAAUGAGAGAGAGAGUACAACUAGCUAACCAAUUCGUCAGUUGUGCUGAGAUUUCCAGAUUUUUGUGAAGAAGUAUUUAAAAUUUUUUUUUAAUGUUCAUUUAUUUUUGAGACAGAGAGAGAGCAUGAACGGGGAAGGGUCAGAGAGAGAGAGGGAGACACAGAAUCCGAAGCAGGCUCCAGGCUCUGAGCUGUCAGCACAGAGCCAACGCGGGGCUCAAACUCAUGGACCUUGAGAUCAUGACCGGAGCCGAAGUCAGGCGCUCAACCGACUGAGCCACCAGGCGCCCCAUGAAGAAGUAUUUUAUACACAAGACUUAAAAGCCUCCCAGAAGGGAUAGCUUUAUAGUCAUCAACUGUUGUUUUUAUAGAUUUGACUUGGUCUUCUCUGACUUUUAUAGAUUUGACUUAGUCUUCUCUCUCUCUCUUUCUCUCUCUCUCUCUGGCAAUAUAAGGUACUUAUGUUUUCUGACCCUUUUUGGUCAGAAGUGAUCAGUUCAUUUGGAGGCUAGAGUUUGAGUUUCAUUUUCCUUUUGUGUAUGUUAGAGGGGAAUGGAUUGCUUGCUUUCACUUUGUGUGAAUAGGGUGCAGUUAUAAAAAUUUACUUCUUGGGGCACCUGGGUGGCUCAGCUCAGUCAGUAAAGUGACUGACUUUGGCUCAGGUCAUGAUCUCAGGUCGAGCCCCGAGUCAUGCUCUGUGCAGACAGCUCGGAUUCUGUGUCUCCCUCUCUCUGCCCCUCCCUUCCUUGCGCUCGUUCUCUCUCUCUCUCUCUCUCAAAAAUAAACAUUUUAAAAAAUUUACUUCUUAUUACUUCUGUAGUGUUAUCUGUUCUAUAAAAUGGUUGAUACCUGUGUACUGCUCAGAUCCACAUUUCACUUAUUUUGCCAACCUUAUGUAUCACUCAAGUCAGAUUGCCAGGUUUUGUGAUUAAGGUGAGUUUUCAAGCGAUCAAUUUAAGAUUUGAACAGAUCACUAGUAAUCUGCGUUAGUUUUGGUGGCAGUGGCAGUACUGUACUUUUCUCCUUAGUUACAGUCUUUUGAUUUACUUAAAAAUAAAACCUUUAAUUGGCAUCUCUGAGUAAAAUUGCAGAAGACACUAGCAGUGUUUAAGAUGCCUGGGUGGCCCAGUUGGUGUCCAACUGUCGAUUUCAGCUCAGGACAUGAUCAAGACCUACAUGGAGGGCUCUGCACUGACAGCGGGGAGCCUGCUUGGGAUAUAUUCUCUCUCUCUCUCUCUCUCUCUCUCUCUC